UUCACAAUAUCCUCCGUCACCGUCAGUCCAUUACCCUUCCUCCUCGACUGAAACUUUCCCAACUCCGAACUCCUAAGUCUCGAAAAAAGAAAACCUUAAGAGUACGGAGAUUUCUUCUGUGUUUCAAAUCCGUGAACAAUAAUGCAGUCGCAUCUUUUGGUGGGACCCGCUCCCGUCAACGGUUUCUCCUCCUCUCUCAUCUUCAACGGCAGCAACCCUUCCAUUUCCGCUUCCCCAUUCAACGGCAAGCGGCCCCACCCUUAUAACCACCUGCGCAAACCCCGUAAGCGUUUGGCCCCACCGCCAUCAUCAUCAUCAUCAUCAUCAUCAUCGUUUACAUCUGCGACGGGAAUCAACGGCGAGCGGAACCAUUAUUCGGUGCUCGGAGUCGCUCGGAAUGCUUCCUUCGCCGAUAUCAAGCGAGCUUAUCGACUUCUCGCUCGAAAGUAUCAUCCUGAUGUUAGCAAGGAUUCACGAGCUGGUGUGGUAUUCAAGAGCAUCCGUCGUGCUUAUGAAGUAUUAUCUAAUGAAGUAACAAGGAAUCAGUAUGAUCGUGCACUUACAUUUCAAGAGGAUAUUGGGAGGUCAUAUAAAGGAAAGUGGAACUAUAGUCCUGAGUUUGAAGAUGGGAUUAGAAUAAAGAGGUGGGCUGAGGUCAAACGAAAAAUGCGAGAAGAGAGAUUUCGAAAAUGGUAUAGGGUGAGCGAGGAGUAUUCUUCCUUCCAUGAUGAAAGAGAUGAUGAGGCUGCAGAAGAAAACCUGCAUCAAGAGAGAGGUUCAUUUAUUGAAGUUCUAAAAUCCGCUUUCAUAACUUUGUGUUUACUUCAGACAUUUGGGUCUCUUUUUUCUCUCACCUUCAGUAGCCUAACGGCUCUGUUGGAUAAGAAGUUGGAUGCUGGAUAUAAGAUUGGUUAUGUCAUUGCAUGGGUUUUAGGCGGGAGAGGCGGCAUUUUGCUGACUUUAUGUCUCUCAUUUGCAAGUUGGGUUUUUGGGAAAACCAGCAGCAGUAUAGUUGUUGUGGUUGUUGUAGCCAUGUGGAUUGGCUCCAAUCUUGCAAGAUAUGCUCCUCUUCCUCAAGGUGCCCUCCUCACACUUUUGUAUAUGUCAAUCAAGCUUCAAGUUGAUUUAAACUAAUCCUUUCAUAACAUCAUCUGCAACAUGCAUUGUUUCUUUCUUUAACUGUUGGUUUUGUACAUAUGUUUGUCUAUAGAAAUGUAAUAAAAAUGCCAGUUGGUUGGAAAGAAAAUUUCAAGAAUGUGGAUAACAUGGUAUAGAAUAUAGAUCUAGGAGUAAAAAUUUCGUCUCUUUAGAUUCCAGUUUCCUCUGUCUGAAAAGAACAAGAAAAAAUUCACAUGUUUAUCUGUAACAUUUAUUUGAUACAAGAAAAAGAAGAAAAAACUAGUUUG